CGGCAUUGCAGAUCAAUCUACGGGGUUUCCUCCUCAAAAUGGACCCAUCUCAACAAGCAAAUGUUACUCAGCCUCUUCCACCCGCUUAUCCAGGUCCACCAGACUAUGGUGCUAACCAGACUGGAGUGGCUUAUCCCCAACAACCCGGCUUUCAAGGACAGCCAGGGACAACAACCAUUAUUCAUACGCAACCAACUCAUAUUGUGAUGGGAAUGAGAUUUUUUGAAAACCCCACUGCAAUGACUUGUCCGUAUUGCCAAGCUACUAUUGUUACGGCCACCACUUACGUUUCAGGGACAUUAACUUGGAUUGCUUGUGGCGGUGUUGCACUAAUGGGUGGUUGGCUUGGAUGUUGCCUGAUUCCAUUUUGUAUUGAUGCCUGCAAAGAUGUUAUUCACUCCUGUCCUAACUGCAGCCGUCAAGUGGGUGUUUAUCGCCGAGUGUAACAGGACACCCAACCAGUCGAAGCAUAACUUCUGGGUAAUGCUGUGGGGUUGUAAAUUGUCAUUUAAAUCCUACACGUUGAUUGCAAGUUUCAUGUACUGCUUUGUUUAAUUAUCAAUCACCUCUAUGAAUAUAUUCUAAAAUGUGAUUUGGUUAUCAGCAGCAUGUUUUUAGCAAUAUAUAGUAGAACAUAUGCAUCAUGAUUAUUAUUACACAGGUUAAUAGCUUCAGGACAUUAAUGAUCUUGCUAGUCAUGUCUUUUCAUUCCAUGUCAGUCACAUCAGCUGAUAUUUUUCCAUUUAUGACUGCAUUGCGGUGCCAUUAUGUAUUUUUUUCCCUUAGAUUUAGUCACAGUUUUGAUUAAUUGGUAAAUUUUUGUGACAUUUAACUCUAUCUUUAAACAAACUGGGCCCAGUCAGGUGUCCCGUGGUAUCAACAGCCCAGGCCUGGUGAUAAUUCUUUUUGUAAACAUACUGGGCCCCAGUUUUCAAUGGGCAGGUGACACUAUCUAAUGUACACAUACCUAUCAAGUAGCUAAGUGUUAAUGAAAUGUACUGUGCUGUUUAUUGUAUAGAGAUUGAUCCAGUGGAUAAUGUUAUGUAGCCUACAAACAAGCUGGGCCUUGUUAUCAAUAAAAUUGAGACUCCCAUUAUUCUUACAAAUCAAUUAUAUGGUCAAACUGAAUUAAACUGUACUUCAUCCAUUCAAGUACUUUUAUUAACUAACACAUUCUUCUUUUUGUACAUACAUCAUGACAUCGCUACAUUAAUUUGACUUAUGGUAUUGCAAUGAUUACCAUGUUAUUUAGAUGGACAAUUUUGUAAUUGGUUAAUUUUGCCUAGUAGCUAGUAGUUAGAUCUCAAAUUUGUAUUUAAUAUUUACCUUGUCAAGAACAAAUCUUUUGAUGUAAUGAAGGUUAUAUAAGUCAAGCUUUGAGUUGUAUUUGUUACAGUAACUCUAAUCAAGAUGUGAACUGGUGUGUGUUAAUCACUGUGGAAAUAAACAUUCCAUUUUGCUCACUGCA